GUGGUUUUGUUGGCCUGGACUUUGGCCUAGGCAGCCAGGUGAGGGUGGCGGCCGUGGAGGGGAGGUGGAUUCCAGGAGCUAUAAAGCCUUUCUCUGCCCUUGGGAACUGGUGAGGACCGCCUGCCAGAGUCUGUGUUCCAGGUCUUCUGACGCCAUGGGCACCCGGUACCUCCUGGUUCUGUUUCUCAUCCUGCUGGUAUUGGGAUUUGAGGUCCAAGGGAACCCGGUGACCCCGCAAGAUGAGGCCACCAGCCUAACACUGCUCUCUAAGAUGCAAGAAUCACUGUUUAGUUACUGGGAUACAGCCAAAACAGCUGCCGAGAACCUGUACAAGAAGACAUAUCUGCCCUCCAUGGAUGAGAAAAUCAGGGACAUGUACAGCAAAAGCACGGCGGCUGUGAGCACUUAUGCAGGGAUUUUUACUGACCAGGUCCUUCAUCUGCUGAAGGGAGAAGAAUAACAGCUGGGCCCCCAAUCACGGGAAAGGGGAGUCCAGAGGGAGGGGAAAGUCCAGACCCCAGCAAUUCCUUCGCUGUCUGACCUACCCCGCACUUCCUAGCAUCCUGCUCCCAACUUUAGCUUGAUUUCUUAUUAUUAAAAAAAAAA